CCGCCGGGCCUGCUUCCGGUGUCCGCCCUCCGGCUCCUCCCGCCGCCGCCGCUGCCGCCGCGAUGCUGCUGCUGUGGCGGUCCCGCUGCCUGGGUCGGGCGCUGGGCCGCUCGCUGCGCGCCCUCCGGCAGGGCAACUGUACUCUGGCAAGAUGCACUCUGUCUGGUGUGGCAGGGAGCCGGGGACUGGCUUACACCAACAACAGGAAGCUUGUAGUAAAUAGCUCCAGUGUCUUCACUGUCCGUUACUUCAGAACCACUGCAGUACAUAGGGAUGACGUGGUUACAGUGAACACACCAGCCUUUGCAGAGUCAGUCACAGAAGGAGAUGUCAGGUGGGAGAAAGCUGUUGGAGACACAGUGGCAGAAGAUGAAGUGGUGUGUGAGAUUGAAACAGACAAGACAUCAGUGCAAGUUCCAGCCCCAGCAGCUGGUGUGAUUGAAGCCCUUCUGGUACCCGAUGGUGGCAAAGUGGAAGGGGGGACACCUCUGUUCAAACUCAGGAAAACUGGAGCUGCUCCUGCCAAGGCCAAACCAGCAGCAGCCCCUCCUCCUCCUCCUGCAGCCCCUGAACCUGUAGCUGCGGCUGCUCCUCCCCCUCCAGCAGCACCAAUUCCCACUACUAUGCCACCAGUGCCACCUGUGUCAACUCAGCCCAUUGACAGCAAACCAGUGUCUGCAGUGAAGCCGGCUGCAGCCCCAGCAGCAGCCCCUCCUGGGGAGGCAGUGCCCAGCAAAGGUGCCAGAUCAGAGCAUAGGGUGAAAAUGAAUAGGAUGCGUCAGCGCAUUGCUCAGCGACUGAAAGAGGCUCAGAAUACUUGUGCCAUGCUGACCACUUUCAAUGAGAUUGAUAUGAGCAACAUCCGGGAGAUGAGAGCUGUACACAAGGAUCCCUUCCUAAAGAAGCACAACCUGAAACUAGGCUUCAUGUCAGCUUUUGUGAAAGCUGCAGCUUUUGCUCUGCAGGACCAGCCUGUUGUGAAUGCAGUGAUCGAUGACACGACCAAAGAGAUUGUGUACAGGGACUAUGUGGACAUCAGUGUUGCUGUAGCAACUCCCCGGGGUCUUGUGGUCCCUGUUGUUAGGAAUGUAGAAAACAUGAACUUCGCUGACAUAGAGCGUGCUAUCUACGAACUGGGGGAGAAGGCUCGGAAAAAUGAACUGGCCAUUGAAGACAUGGAUGGCGGCACUUUCACAAUCAGCAAUGGAGGGGUUUUUGGGUCACUCUUUGGGACACCUAUCAUUAACCCACCCCAGUCUGCCAUCUUAGGAAUGCAUGCCAUCUUCGACAGGCCUGUGGCUGUGGGAGGCAAGAUCGAGGUGCGGCCCAUGAUGUAUGUGGCGCUGACGUACGAUCACCGGCUGAUUGACGGCAGAGAGGCGGUGACUUUCCUGCGAAAAAUCAAGGCAGCGGUGGAGGAUCCCCGCGUGCUGCUGCUCGACCUGUAGAGCAGCCAUACCCCCACACAAACCACCCAGGACAGGGCUGCAGCACCAGCAGGGGCGAUGCAGGGCAUUCAGGAACUGGCAGGGGUCAUUCUGGUCUCCCUCCCUCCGCUGUGAUUGGAGCUGUCCCAGAGGAAAUUGUGGGGAUAGCUCCUACCUCCUUUCCUGUUCUGUUUAACAAAGGUUCAGUUUCUCACUAGGAUUGCUAUGCAGUGGGCCAACCACUGAACAGCACUGCCUUUCCAUAGCCAUCUAUAUGGCAUCCUCUCCCUCACAGCACCAAAUUCGCACCUCUAGCUUGUCCUGUACCACUGGAAACUGCUUGCUGCUGCUGUGCUAGGGUUCCCUUCCCUGCUGCUCCAAGCAGGGUUCAGCUUUACUUCCUAGCACUGAGGUUCCUGGCAGGGAGAGGAGAGGAAAGGCUACUGUUCUCUCCAUGUUUUGCUUGAAAAUAUUUCACACUCAUCUGCCUUGCAAGGGCACUCUGGGUUUUGAUCAGAGCAGGGCUUGAGGUAGGUGUCAUACCUCUGGCAGUGCCCUAGUUACACUCCCUCCACAGACAGGAAUGCAGUGGUGGCAGCUCCCUUGCUUUCCCUUGGUGGUCGUUUGUCUCUCUCCAGCCUGGUCACUGUGGUGGGAUUGUUCAUGUCCAGGUGGGCAGAGCCCAUGACAUCUGUGGAGGUAGCACAGUUCCUGGGGGGACAAGCUUUUCACCAUUACAUGCCUGACAUGGGGUUAAGAACCAGCCCCCGGCAGCUGUCCUUGAAUCACAGCUCACUGGUGGUUGAUCCAACUGCUGGCUUCCUGCGUGUGAGAGCUUGGCCUGCUACCAGCAAAGAGACAGCUGGGGAGGGCCAGGCCUUUAAGUGUAAUGUAUAUCCCAGCCCAAGGCUGCUGGUUUUGGGGGGAGGGGGGCAGUCCUUAAUAAGAUAGCGCACACAUGUAUUGGGGAGUGAGGGGGUUGCUAGUGCCUGCAGAGUCUAUUACUCUUACCCUCUACACAGAACUUGUAACUAAAAUAUUUAACACAGCGGAUUUUAAAUGAAAUAAAACUGGGCAACGACUGCGAGGUGGGGUGUGUUUGAGGGGGGUGAGCAACAGCUCCUGGGAGAGGACUGGCAGCAGCAGCAUCCCAAAUUUAGCAUAAGAAGCUAUUACCUGAUGGUGAGGGAAAAAGCAUGGGAUCUGUGCCUGUCCCUGGUGGUACUAAGUGGAGGCUGCUCUGACUGUGAGUUCUACUACCCUCAGACCCUCUUUGGCUUAGGAUUGGCUCUUCCCAGCAGAGAUUAAGUGUUCAGGGCUGGAAAUAGUAAUUUUUAUGGUCUAGCAACAGAACUGUUACAGAUGGAAAGGAAAUCCCAGUAAAUGGCAUGAUGGCCAAGAGGGAGAACUGGGAACUGUACUUUGUACUCAAAGUACAUGUGUAGAGCUGAUUUGUCUUUUCCCCUGACAAAACGAGUGUUAUAAAUCAUGGAAGUGAGAAAAAGGUUGUUCAGGGUUGUGCAAGGAGAAAGGAGGCAAGGUCAAAGAAGAACUGGAAAACAAAAGUCUGUGGUGCUGCAAGUGUCUCCCCAAGGAGCAUUGUCUGUUGGGACAGUAUUAAACAGUUCCCGGAUCAAGCAGGGUUUUUCCAGCUCUGACAUCAACUUCAGAGAAGGUUUGCCCUUCCUGACUCCAAGUGAGGAAGGCAGCCCCUUUUAACAGAAAACGGUUGCACUCACAGCUGGCAUGCUGACCAAAGAAAGAGCAGUUCCUGGUACUAGUUCCUAUGGUUUCCUGGCAGCUAUGGUAAAACUAGUGCUUGGAAUUGGCUUUCCUCUGGCUGUCUAUGACUGAGCUAGAGGGUUAGGAGAAGAGGAAAAGCCCCUUUUGCAGUAAAGGAAGGGUGAAGAGUCUUAACUGCUUUUGCACAAAUAUAUUGAACGAAAGAGAACGUUCUGACUCAAAAAUGCUGCUAGCACCCAGUCCCCUGUGCUGGUUUAGGGUACAGUGAAAGCACCUUGACUUUGUACAGGAGCCUGGGGAAGGGAAAUGCCUGUAUUCUCUCUGGAGCUGCAAUAAAUGAGGCCUUUGAACUA